AUGUCCUUUUUGCAUUUUGGAAAACAGUACGAGACGCAUCAAGCCAUGGUCGCGGAUAUUCGGUUGAUGUGCAACAACGCUCGACACUACAACGAAGAGGGCUCGGGUGUAUAUAACGAUGCCGUUUGUUUAGAACGCGUGGUCAAAAAAAAGCUUAAAAGUCUUGGCCCGUACACAACUAAGGAAGCAGUGCCCAGUGCUCCCAACUCCCAAUGCACUCCAAAUGCAACUUGGGUCAAUCGAAGAGGAUCCGCGGGAACUACACAGCAGUUGUUAUCCUCGGGGGUUGCUGGCCAAACUCUGCUUGCAGCUUCACCUGGAACCGAGGUUCCAGGUAGUCCAAAUGCCAAUAUGAUAGUCUCUCAGCAACAAACACAUCAGUCUAUUCAACAAAUGCAUCAAGCUCAUGCCCAGCAACAACAGCAACAACGUCAGCAACACCAACAACAGCAGGCGCAGGCCCACGCACAACUCCAGCAACAAUUGCUGCAACAGCAACAACAGCAGCAAGCACAUGCUCAGCAGCAGGCCGCUCUCCAGCAACAUGCUCAACUUCCUUUGUUGCAGCGUCUGAUGUUAGAACUCUUUCAAACCGUACGAGAGUAUUGUGUGGACGGCCGCCUUCUUUCAGCGCCCUUUAUGCGUCUACCGACUCGUGCUGAGCUUCCCAGCUACUAUGAGUUUAUCAAACGGCCAGUAGAAAUGCAACAAGUAGCCAGGCUACUUGUGCAAUCUGGCUACUCGAAUUUAGGAGUCGGGUUCGACGAAUUUUGUGCAGAUCUCUUCCUCAUGUUUGAUAACGCUUGCAAGUUCAAUGAACCAGAUUCUCAAAUCUACAAGGAUGCGCUGACCCUGCAUCGUGUUGCUUUGGCUAAGCGAAGAACCCUCUUGAUGUCUGCGUCGGGACAGCCAGCAGGACUAUCGCCCUUGCCACCAUCUUCUCCGCCCGACAUUACCACUGGGCUGCGUCGUCUUCUCACCAGUUUACACAACGCCAUGCUAACUGCCUGCGACACUGAUGGACGCGGGUUGGUCGACUCACUUAUUGCAGGUGAUGGAACAGAGGCGAGCCGGACUUCGAGUACUGCUGCCCGACUUGCUGGCUUGCAUAGAGCUGUGGCAGCCGGUGCCUACAGACGUCUGGAUCGUCUUCAAGCAGAUUGGUUGGGCGUGCUACGGCGAGCCAGAGUUGGCGAACCCUGUAAUUGGGCUUCUAAAGGGGAUGAUUCGGAAGAAAAAUAUAAACAUAAAAGAAAAGUGAGCGAGGUCGGGGCGAAGGCAAAUUUGGAUGCAUCUACAGAUGAAGGAAGCCUAUCUAGCCCUGCUGCAGGAAGCACGGAAAUUGAGGCAGAAACAGAGUCUUUACGACGCCGCUGGCACCAGCAGCAAGCGCCUACGCGCCAGCAACGAGCAGAUGCUGCGGAGUUGGCAAGACGCUGGGUUCGGCUUAGAGACGAGCUUUGUCGUAGACAGAAACUCCCAGAGGCCGAGGCUGGAGUAGGUCAAGUAGAACCUUAA